AUGGCGCGCGUCUCGCUCGUAGUCGUCGUAGCUCUUGCAGCCGUAGUCAUCGACGCCGCCAUGGCACAGAGGCCGACGCUGCCGCCGACAAUUUUUCCUCCACCUGUGCCGACGACGCCGCCACCGGCCGUAGUCGUUCCUCCUUCUAUGCCGACCCCGCCGCCGGCUGUUCUUCCUCCGCCUCUGCCGGCGACGCCGCCGCCGGCGCCACCGGCCGUCGUCCCUCCUGUGCAGCCGCCGCCUGCCAUCGUUCCUCCUUCGCUGCCGCCGAUGCAACCGCCGGCCAUCGUUCCUCCCGCUCUGCCUCCGAUGCCACCGCCGGCCAUUCUUCCUCCCGUUAUGCCGCCGAUGCCACCGCCGGCGCCGUCUGUGCCGCCGACGAACCUGCCGUGCGUGGCGGAGCUGGCGCCGUGCUCCGAGUUCUACCAGAACGCGUCGGUGGAGCCGACGGAGGCGUGCUGCACGCCGCUGAAGAAGGCGUACGAGAGCGAGGUGGGAUGCCUGUGCUCCGUGCUGAAGAACCCGGCGAUGGUCGGCGUCGACACGAAGAAGGGGUUGGGCUUGUUCGAGCGAUGCGCCGUCAAGGUUCCCGCCGACGUGUGCAGCAGCCAUGCAGCUCCAGCACCAGCCAGCAGUCCUCCCACACCAACUCCAAAUUCAGACAGCAGUUCCGCUCCUCAUGCGGCCCAGUGGAUGGCAUACUCGGGAUUCUUGGGCGUCAUUGUGGCUAUUUACGCUCUUGUGUAA